CUGAACUCAACACGAUAACACAUGUGCCAAAAUUGACGUUUGAAAAAGUACUCUUUUAAUUUGUUUAUUGCAAAUAAUAUAGUUAAUUGUUGAUAAUUAGUACAAUUAAUUUUGACACUUUGUAGAAAAUGGAAACAAAUGAUAGAUUAAAUUAUGAAAAUAAAGUGAUAUUAGCACCUAUGGUUAGAAUUGGAACUCUUCCCAUGCGUCUACUUGCUCUAGAAUACGGUGCUGAUAUUGUUUACACCGAAGAAUUAAUUGAUUGGAAAUUAAUUCGAUCAGUUAGACGAGAAAAUGAUGUUCUGGGCACUGUGGAUUUUAUUGACAAAACAGAUGGAACUGUCGUUUUUCGCACAAGUCCCCGUGAAAAGAAACACGUUGUUCUUCAAAUUGGAACAUGUGACGCAAGUCGAGCAUUAAAAGUUGGACAAAUGGUCGAAAAUGACAUUGCGGGAAUUGACGUCAACAUGGGCUGUCCAAAAAGAUUCUCAAUUUUGGGAGGAAUGGGCGCUGCUCUUCUAGAAAAGCCCGACAAGGCAAAAGAAAUACUUGAAACUUUAGUCACUGGUCUCAAAAUUCCGGUGACUUGUAAAAUACGUGUUUUGCCGACAUUAGAAAAAACCCUCGAACUUUGUGAUAUUCUUGCAUCAACUGGAAUAUCGGCAAUCACCGUUCAUGGACGAACAAGAGACGAGAGACCUCAACAUCCAAAUCGAAAUAAUAUUUUGCAAAAAAUCGCUCAACAUCUCUCAAUUCCAGUAAUUGCAAACGGUGGUUCAAGAGAUAUUGAAAAAAGAUCUGAUAUAUUUAAAUUUAAGGAAGAAACUGGUUGCAGCAGUGUUAUGAUUGCCAGAGCCGGCGAAUGGAAUUGUUCAAUAUUUAGAAAAGAUGGUUUACUGCCAAUGGAGGAAAUAAUCACAACUUAUUUGAAACUUGCUGUCGAUUAUGAUAAUGCACCGACUAAUACAAAAUAUUGCAUUCAAAAUAUUCUUCGAGAUCUUCAAGAGUCGCCGCUUGGGAAAAAGUUUUUGGAGACUCAAACUCUCGAGCAAAUUUGUGGAGUAUGGGAUAUGGAUGACUACUGUAGACAAAAGUCGAAAGAAUACCGAGAAAAAGGAUUAAUGGGACGAUUUCAAGUCGUCCCCGAAUCUAUUGCAAUAAAGACAAACUCUAAUGGUUUAUAUAAAAGGAAAUUUGAAGAUGAUGUAACUUUACUGCAGUGUGCAUUUAUAAGAAACAAUUAUUCCAACGAUAUAGACCUGCCGAAGACAAAGUUAUUAAAAUGGGUGAAGGAAAAUAGGAAGAAAAUGCCAGCCUAUGAAACGCAACAUGCAGAUAAACUUUUCCGUUCCAUCGUCACUGUUGAUGGCAGAAAAUAUGGAUCAUCUUUUUGGGAAAAGAAUAAAAAAUUUGCUGAACAAGGAGCAGCUUUAGUAUGCCUGUCCUCAUUGGGCCUUAUCGAUCAUGAAACUUUAACAAGAAAUGGAAAUAUUCUUGCGUGAUAUUUACAUUUUCUUUGGAAAAUAUUAAAAUUCAUAUAUUUUCUACUCUGAGAUUAAAAAAUGUAUAUGAACGAAAUAUUACAUUGUAAAUAUAACUGUAUAAUAUAAAGUAAAAAAUUCUAA